AUGACUGUUUCAAACAAGAUUGGUGAUCCAGAAGAGUUAUAUACAAAGCAAGAAAGAAUAGGUAAAGGUUCAUUCGGUGAGGUAUUUAAAGGUAUAAAUAAGAAGACCAACGAAACUAUUGCGAUCAAGAUUAUAGACCUAGAGGAUGCAGAGGAUGAGAUAGAGGAUAUCCAACAGGAGAUCAAUGUGUUGUCUCAAUGUGAGAGUCCAUUCGUCACAAAGUAUCAAGCUUCCUAUCUCAAGGGCACAAAACUGUGGAUCAUUAUGGAGUAUCUGGCGGGUGGUUCUGUGCUCGACUUGAUGAAACCAGGCCCACUGGACGAAUCAUACAUCGCUAUAGUGUUACGCGAGUUGCUCAAGGGCUUGGAGUACCUGCACUCAGAGGGCAAGAUACAUAGAGACAUCAAGGCCGCCAACGUGUUGCUGUCGGCAAAUGGCGACGUCAAGCUGGCGGACUUUGGUGUGAGUGGCCAGCUGACAGAUCAGAUGACCAAGCGAAACACAUUCGUUGGCACCCCAUUCUGGAUGGCACCCGAGGUCAUCAAGCAGACUGGCUAUGAUUCCAAAGCUGAUAUAUGGAGCAUGGGCAUCACCGCGCUGGAGAUGGCCAAGGGUGAGCCUCCCCGUGCCGACCUACAUCCAAUGCGCGCACUAUUCCUCAUCCCAAAGGAUCCUGCCCCAACGUUAGAGGGCAACUUCUCAAAGGCAUUCAAGGAGUUUUGCAGCCUGUGCCUGAACAAGGACCCCAACCUGCGUCCCACCGCAAAGGACUUGCUCAAGAACAGAUUCAUCAAGACCGCCAAGAAGACAAGUUGUCUGACAGAGUUGAUUGAGCGUCGACAAAAGUGGAUCCACUUGAAUGGCGCCUCAGCCGAUGAUGAGGAGGAGACCGACGAGAGACAGAGGACUAUCAUUAAUGACGACGGCGGCUGGGACUUCCCAACAAUCAAGGGACCAAAGACUACCACCCCUGUCAUGCCCGCCGCCAAGCCCGCGGCCUCAGCGACAAAUGUUAAUGGCAAGGUUGACGAGUCGAGGUCGCGUUCCAAUCCCACCACUCCAAGCGCGCCAUCACCUUCAGUCACAUCAAAUGGACGUCCUGCACCCACCAACAACACACCAGUUGCCGCUGCACCUGUGGUGGCAUCCACCACUACACCCGCGCCAGUAUUGGCCACAAGCUCACCGACGCCCGCUGGAAAUGGAGCAUCAUCGGAUAGACAGGUGACCGCCAAUGGGGCACAACACCAGCCCAGAGCCAGCGCACUCACCUCUGUCAUCUAUCCCGUGCUCUCCAAGCUGCUAAAGAGUACACAGGAUGAGAAUGUCGUCAACGCAUUGGCGCAGCUUAAGAUGGCAUUUGACAACGCCGAGAAAACCAAGCCUGGCAUCACUCACAUGAUGAUCGCUCAAGUGAUUGAGACACUCAAGAGAUGA